GGCAACAACACAACGGAGCGGCGUAUUUUCGCCGCUGGAGGACGUAGUACGCCACAACUUUCGCCUCCAAGAUUGAUUACGAUGGAAUAUAUAGGAAGUCUCCUUGCAUUUUCAGACUAUCCAGUCAGGAAGUCGACAACCCAAACACUCCAUACAUCCAGUUGUGCUCAAACAUAAUUACCCCGCUUGUGAAUCUUGGUGAAGAUAACUCGCCGACAUGUUGCCUGCAAUCAUGAGCAAAAUGUCUCGCUCCGCACCAUCACUCAAAUCAGGAUACCAACGCCCACCAUACAGCGGCAACGAUGAAGACCGGCCUUUUCUCUCAGCUUCAGAAGAGAAGAUGGACUACACAUCACCAGCGCCCAGUACUCCGCGUUCACGGCUCUGUUCAGCCCUCCUUGUCGCAUCCACAUCCCUAACGCUCGGCCUCUUAGCCCUUAUUCUCGUAGUAGCCCAGCGGCGCCACCCAGGAAGCACAGUAUCACUAUGGCCAACCUACCAAGGCGGAUCACACGUCGUCGAGCACUGCGGCAACUCACCACAAGAAGCGCAGGAACAAGGCUGCAUAUGGGAUCUCAUGAGUUUCGGUUGGGUACACCCCCGCUGCUUCAAGCCCGACGAAUCUCAGAUUUUCCUUGAGAAGUACGGACCUUGGAAAUGGUACUACGACCUGAACGCCACCCAGGAAAUCGCCCCUGAAGACCUGACUACCACCGGUCGCGUCUACACUGAGCAGGGCUAUCACGUUGUUCACUGCUUGUACAUUUUCAAGCUUUUGCAUCUGGCGGGUAUGAAUCAGCAUAUUGUGACGGACGAGGCUAUCCCGCUGGCGCAUACGCAACAUUGUAUAGACAUGAUUUCUUCACCAAAGUAUACGGAUUUCAAGCAUAUAAACACACGGGUGGAUAUGUUGUUUGCGCGAUGCGUAUCAAUUGAGUAGAAAAAUCGUCUCUCUUCCCUUAUCGUCAUAUAUAUAUAUACAUAGAAGGUUCACAAGUAAUGUAUACUCAUCUGC